AUGGCGUUGACAGCGGACAAAGUGCUCCUCCACGGAUACUGCUGGGGUAACGCUCUCUGGUAUGGCACAAGAGGCCUCUGUCGCGUCUGGGACCCCUUGAUGGUCGUUGGCUGGUUCCGUCCUCCAGUUGAAACGCAUCUGAAGACUACCGACCUCGAACUGUACAACGUACGCACCGACGGAUGGUGUCUCAUCUCUCUCGCUGCCUCGCUCAUGGUCCUCUCUCGUGCCUACGCCCGCGGCGGCAUCAACAGAACCUACUCGAAGGCUUUCAUUGCCGUCUCCAUCUUCCACCACAUCACAACCAUGAUUGGCGCGUACCAACACUACAAGCUGGACUCCCACUACACCAAAGCCAUGUGGAUUGGCGUCUGGGUCAACGCAUUCCUGACAGCCGUCGGUGGUGUCGUUAUGGGAGGUCUGAGCAACGAUUCUGUCGCCAGAGCCAAGAUCGCAUAG